GCGCAUGCGCAGUCCUGAGCCUGUGGACAGGAAGCCUGACAGAAGCAGCUGAUACUCAGGCUUUGGGUGUUCUGGGCAGCACAACAGCCGCUUUCUGCCUGGGUUUUAAACGGGGCUUUUUAAGUACAAGGACAGAAACCGACGAUUUUAUGAGCAGCGUGCCCAGUCACCCCGCACAGCGACUGAUGGAGCUGUAUUUUUAUACCGGUCGCUGUUUAUUUUCGAGUUAACUGCAGGGCCGGAGCUGCUCAGUAACAAUGCAGGCCUAGAAUCCAGAUCUGAGGGAUUUAAAGCUCUCCUCUGCCCCAGACGCCAGGAUCAACAACACGCUCAGGCAUGGCUUCACAGCUGCAGGUUUUCUCCCCUCCGUCUGUGUCUUCCAGUGCCUUCUGCAGGGUGAAAAAAAUGAAAGUGGAGAGCUGUGCUUGGGAUGCUUCCAAUGAAGCGUACAGUUCUGUGGGCCAGUACAGCUUCAACCCUGCUGCGGUCCUCCCUUUCAGCUCCUCCGGCCUGGUCUUCCCCCCAGCGUCCCGGGGCCAGGUGGUGGUCCGUGCUGCAGACAGCACCGGGAGCCUCCCGCGGGGGUCCAGUCGCAGAACAUCCCACAGGGCCCACCACACGGAGUCCCACUCCUCCCGCGGGCACAGGUACGGCGUGAAGAGGAAGAAUGAGGUGGUGGAGAGCUCCGGAGGAGGCGGAAGCGGCAGCGUUCAGAUUCUGGAGGAGCUCUCUGCUCCUGCUUUCUCCGCACGUACGGGAGGAGCGGGGACCACCGCCCAGUCCAUCCCCCACUCGGCCCCCACCACCAAAAGCAGCAGCUCCAACGGGGAAGGGGACUACCAGCUGGUCCAGCACGAGAUCCUCUGCUCCGUCUCCAACAGCUACGAAGUUCUUGAGUUUCUCGGUCGGGGUACGUUUGGGCAGGUGGCCAAGUGCUGGAAAAGAGGAACUAAUGAGAUUGUGGCCAUCAAGAUCCUGAAGAACCAUCCGUCAUAUGCACGUCAGGGACAGAUCGAGGCUUCCCCAUCCUUGAAAAACCCUCUGAAAAAUUUGUACAGACACUCUUUUGUUUUUUUUCUUGAAGGGCUUCCGUCUUCUAGUAAAUCCUCUAGCUAUCCUGUCAGGAUGGAGAACAGUGUUCCUGUUGUCCAGCAGAACCAGAACACGCAACCCCUUCAGAUUCAACCCAGCAUGCUGACACAGGGCUCCUGUACGCCUCUGAUGGUGGCCACGCUGCACCCCCACACAGCGGGAGUGGCAUCCCAGUACCCGCUGCCCCUGGCACUGGGCUGUGGGGCAGGAAGGCCUGCCCUACUGGAGCAGACAGCCACAGUGCUGCAGGCCUGGCCAGCGGGAACCCAGCAGAUCCUCAUACCCUCCACGUGGCAGCAGGUGCCUGGCAUGACCAUCCACAACUCCAGCCACCAGCCCGUAGUGACCGACCCGCCUCUGGAGACCCUACUCUCCGAGAACUCUACACAGCAAACUUCAAGCUGGAGGGCUUCUCAGAGCGGUCAGCACAAUGGCGUCGUCCAGCAGAACCCUCACAUCCUCGGCGGCCUCAAUCUUACUCAGUCUCUCAGUCGAGGAACGUCCACAGUCACACGGUCUCAGAACAAGAGGAGCAGGGUCUGUUGUGACACUGGCAGCAGCAGUGCUCUGGUGGGCUCUCAGGCAUUCAGUGCUAUUCUCACUCAGCCCAUCAUUAUCUCCGACACCCCGAGUCCUGCUGUCAGUGUCAUCACCAUACACAGUGACUCUGAAGAUGAGGACGAGAGGAAGUUCCACCCUGCUAGGACUAAUGUGAUCAGUUUUUUUGACAUUAAGUGUGCUUUAUUUGCAGCAUUUCUGAGUAGUCUGCUUUUCAAACUAGAGAACACCAAAUAUGUCUGA